GUAGCUAUUGGCCAGUGAAGAAUAGACAAGUUGAACUCCAAAAAAAAAUAAAAGUAGCCGUGAGCUGGCGGAGUUUCUAGCUGGUUCCCUCCCCGCCCGUCGGCUUUCAGUUCAGCCUGUCCAUCCUCUGUCGACGGCGUUGCCUUGCUCCGCCGCAGUUUGUCGCAGAGUGUCCCAUCAUGGCAGCAAAGUACAUCGUCGGCUCUGUUCUUGCUUCUUUCGCCAUAGGAUACGCAUGUGACCGUCUUAUUGCAGACAAGAAGAUAUUCGGAGGCACCACCCCUAGGACUGUUUCGGACAAGGAAUGGUGGGAAGAGACUGACAAGAAGUUCCAGAAAUGGCCCCGAACUGCUGGGCCUCCCGUGGUGAUGAACCCCAUCAGACGCCAGAAUUUCGUAGUGAAAUCCAGUGGACCUUAGAAAGCGAUUGCUCGAGAUAUAUCGCACUGGCAAUGCCGGUUCUUCUGCCCAAAACAUGAGGGAUCUCGUAUCGCAGUAUGUCUCUCAUAUAAACCUCAUCGAACAAACAGUGCUUUAGAGUAUGUUGUUAUUACCUGUAUGCGACGUUAAAUCUGCCAGUGGUGUCUAAUGUAUGCUCCGAUAUAAUGGUCAUUACGGUAUUGAGUCAUCUUCUUAUGUGAUGAAGGUAUGUAUUCACAACUAUUCAAACAAAGAAAGAGAAUGAUGGUUUACAUCUAAAUU